AUUAGGUAAGCAGUCGGAUGAUAACGCUGGUUUGGCCAAAAAAAAGAAAGGAAAAUCAAACAACCCUUCAGUCUACACUAAUUUCUUCACCUCCAUUCCCCAAAUCACUCUUUGUAAUGCAGAGAGAUGAUAAGCCCUUUCCUCCCUCCCACUAAGGUCGCCGACCCUCCAAAACUCUCCACCGCCGCCAUCGCCGGCAGAAAUUGCCACCGCAAACACGUCGAAGACGGGUAGUGCAGGCUAGUAGCCACCUUCAAUUAUCACACACUACUAUUUUUCACGGAAACAUAUAUAAUAUAUACUAGCGACCUGACGGCAAGGCUGUAAUUGUCGUGUGAUUAGUUAUUAUUGUUAUUAGAAUGGGAGAUAGACGGAGUGAGGGUUCAGCGUCGACGCUGCUGCAGGGGAAGUAUGAGUUAGGGAGGCUUCUUGGAACGGGGACGUUCGCGAAGGUGUACCACGCGCGUGAAAAGGUUGGGAUGAUGGAGCAGAUUAAGAGAGAGAUCUCGGUGAUGAAGAUGAUGAAGCAUCCUCAUAUCGUUGCGCUCCACGAAGUAAUGGCUUCCAAAUCCAAGAUCUACAUCGCCAUGGAGCUCGUCCGGGGCGGCGAGCUCUUCAACAAAAUUGCCACAAGGGGACGCAUGAGGGAGGACCUUGCGAGGCUCUACUUCCACCAGCUUAUCUCCGCCGUCGAUUUCUGCCACAGCCGUGGCGUCUACCACCGCGAUCUCAAGCCGGAGAAUCUCCUCCUUGACCACAACGGCAACCUCAAGGUCUCUGACUUCGGACUCAGCACUUUCUCCGAGCAUCUCCGCCAGGACGGCUUGUUGCACACAACUUGCGGCACUCCGGCAUACGUCUCGCCGGAGGUGCUCGCGCGGAAGGGAUACGACGGCGCCAAGGCCGAUAUAUGGUCCUGCGGCGUCAUCCUGUUUGUGCUUCUUGCAGGUUGCUUGCCUUUUCAGGACGAUAACCUUGUUGCGAUGUACAAGAAGAUUUACAGAGGAGAUUUCAGGUGUCCGCCGUGGUUCUCCGGCGAUGCAAGGAGGCUCAUCACCAAGCUGCUCGAUCCGAACCCGAAUUCUCGCAUCACCAUUUCGAAAAUCAUGGAGUCACCGUGGUUCAAGAAACCUGUUCCGAAGAACAUGCUACGGGGGAUGAAGGAGGAAGACGAAGAGGAGAAGGAGAAAGAGAUAGAGGAGAAGAUGAAGCAGCCAUCGACGAUGAACGCGUUUCACAUAAUAUCGUUAUCCGAAGGGUUUGAUUUGUCGAGGUUGUUCGAGGAGAAGAAGAGGGAGGAGAGGGAGGAGAUGAGGUUUGCGACGGCGGGGACGGCGAGCAGCGUGAUAUCUCGACUGGAGGAGGUGGCGAAGGCGGUGAAGUUCGACGUGAAGAGGAACAGCGAUGAGACGAAGGUGAGGCUGCAGGGGCAGCAGAGAGGAAGGAAGGGGAAGCUGGCAAUUGCGGCGGAUAUAUACGCCGUGACGCCGUCAUUCCUGGUGGUGGAGGUGAAGAAGGAUAACGGUGACACUUUGGAGUACAACCAGUUCUGCAGCAAGGAGCUUCGCCCUGCACUCAAGGAUAUCUUCUGGACUUCCCCACCUGAGAAUACCACACCUGCUUAAUUAGACAAACUUUAAUAAUCGCCAUUUGAAUUUGUGUGUUUCUCUCUUUAAUUUAUUUAUUAAUCUUGUUUAGAGGUUCGAGAUUCAGGAUUUGUUUUUUGUAUUAGUAUUGAAUAUUUGAAUAUUCUCCACUGCUACUGUGUUACUACCGUGUAGUAAUCUCUCAUUUUAUUAGUAUUGUCUUGGGAAUUCGCAGUACCCAGUGUUAAGGAUUCAAAAAUUGUAAGCUAAAGAAUGAAUCGGGAAUCCAUAACUAGGUACUUAUGCUAAUGAUUUGAAGUGUAUAUAUUAUUAUUGUUGUUGA